AUAGCUGUCAAUCAUUCGGCUGGUUGUUCCGCGCAUGCGCAGUAUGGUCAGACUCCGCUGAUCUGCAGCUGUAGUAAAGUUACUCUUGGCUUUUGUCACACAAAUUAAAUUAAUAAAUCUGAUCAGAUCUGAGCUCAUAUAACACCUUUCAUCAGUGUGUGUGUGUGUGUGUGUGUGUGUGUAGAGGCGGCAGAGCCAUGCGCAGCGGUGCGUGGAGCGUCCGGACUCUGUCCCCUGUUCUUCUGCCCCGCUGGUUCUGUGACGCCGGAGCCCGACCUGCUCGUCUGCGCGGACAGAGAUCAGUGCGGUUCUUGAGCACGGACCCACCGCCCACGGCCCUGCCCGCUCAUGCCCGCGUGGUCAUCUGCGGAGGCGGCGUGGUGGGCACGUCUGUGGCGUAUCAUUUGGCCCGGCUGGGCUGGACGGAGAUCGUGCUGCUGGAGCAGGGCAGACUUGGAGCCGGUACAACUCGGUUUUGUGCGGGAAUAGUCAGCGUUGCCAAACCUCUUUCUAUUGAGAGUAAAAUGGCAGAUUAUUCGAACGCACUCUAUGAGCGUUUGGAAGAAGAGACGGGCGUUAAAACGGGUUUCGUACGGACUGGCUCUCUGUGUUUGGCUCAGAAUCAGGAUCGGUUCCUGUCAUUGAAGCGUCUGGCGUCGAGGCUGAAGGUUCUCGGUGUCAGCUGUGACGUCAUCAAACCCAAAGAAGUGGCGCAGCUCCACCCACUGGUGAAUAUUCAUGAUCUUGUAGGAGCUCUUCACCUGCCAGGCGACAGUGUCGUUUCACCACCGGAUGUCAAUCACGCGCUCGCUGUGGCGGCGGCAGCUCAUGGAGUGCAGAUUUAUGAACACACGAGUGUGAAUCAGGUCCUGGUGAAGAGGGGUCACGUUACGGCGGUGGAGACAGACCGGGGAUCCAUUGAGUGUGAAUACUUUGUGAACUGUGCUGGACAGUGGGCGUAUGAGCUGGGUCAGAGCAGCGAGGUCAAAGUGUCUGUUCCGUUACAUGGCUGUGAACAUUUCUACCUGCUCACUAAACCUCUGUCUGAGCCCACACGGCCCGAGAGCCCAGUGGUGAUAGACAUGGACGGACGGAUCUAUGCUCGGGCCUGGCAUGGAGGAAUCCUGUCUGGAGGGUUUGAGAAGAACCCUAAACCCAUCUUUACUGAGGGCCGCAACCAGCUGGAGAUCCAGAACAUGCAGGAGGAUUGGGAUCACUUUGAGCCCAUGUUGAGCGCUCUGCUGCGCCGGAUGCCCGGGCUGGAGGCCUGUGAGAUCCAGCAGCUGGUCAACUGCCCAGAAUCCUUCACUCCAGACAUGCGCUGCCUGAUGGGAGAAACGCCGGGGAUAUAUGGAUACUUUGUGUUGGCGGGCAUGAACUCAUCCGGCCUCUCAUUUGCUGGCGGAGCUGGGAAAUAUUUGGCGGAGUGGAUUACAUACGGAUACCCCAGUGCCAAUGUCUGGCCUCUGGACAUCAAGCGCUUCGGUAACCUGCAGAGCAGCCGCACUUUCCUGCGCCAUCGAGUGAUGGAAGUGAUGCCACUCCUGUAUGAACUGAAGGUUCCUCGCUGGGACUUCCAGACGGGCCGGCAGCUGCGCACGAGUCCUCUGUACGACCGCUUGGACACGCAGGGAGCACGCUGGAUGGAGAAACACGGCUUUGAGCGAGCCAAAUACUUUGUUCCGGCUGGGAAGGAUUUACUGGCACUGGAUCAGAGUAAGACCUUCUACAAGCCCGACUGGUUUGAUAUCGUGGGAGCGGAGGUGAAGUGCUGUAAGGAGGCGGUGUGUGUCAUUGACAUGUCCUCCUUCACCAAGUUUGAGCUCACAUCUGCAGGCGAUCAGGCCCUGCGGCUGCUGCAGCGUUUGUGUGCCAAUGACCUGGACGUGCCGGUCGGGCACAUCGUCCACACGGGCAUGCUGAACGAGAAAGGAGGAUACGAGAACGACUGCAGCGUGGUGCGCCUCAGCAAAAACAGUUUCUUCAUCAUUUCACCCACUGAUCAACAAGUUCACUGCUGGUCUUGGAUUAAGAAGCACAUGCCCAACGAUCCGCAGCUCCACCUGGAGGACGUCAGCUGGAAGUACACAGCUCUGAAUCUGAUUGGUCCGCGUGCCAUGGACGUGUUGUCUGAACUGUCAUAUGUGUCCAUGACUCCAGAGCACUUCCCCUCUCUGUUCUGUAAGGAAAUGAGUGUGGGAUACGCCAAUGGCAUCAGAGUCAUGAGUAUGACGCACACCGGAGAGCCGGGCUUCAUGCUGUAUAUCCCUAUAGAGUAUGCACUGCAUGUGUAUAAUGAAGUGAUGUCAGUCGGGCAGAAAUAUGGGAUCCGGAACGCAGGCUAUUACGCUUUACGGAGUCUGCGCAUAGAGAAGUUUUUUGCCUUUUGGGGGCAGGAUCUGGACUCCUUCACCACCCCGCUGGAGUGCGGACGAGAGUUCAGGGUCAAAUUUGACAAGGACACAGACUUUCUGGGCCGGGACGCUCUGUUGCGGCAGCGUGUGGAGGGAGUGACGCGGCGCUUUGUAAUGCUGGUGCUGGAGGAUCACGACACAGAGCUGGACCUCUGGCCCUGGUGGGGCGAGCCCAUUUACCGCAGCGGCGAGCUGGUCGGCGUCACCACCAGCAGCGCCUACAGCUACACAUUAGAGCGCCACGUGUGUCUCGGCUUCUUAAGCCACACAAACUCGGACGGCUCUCCGGCCGUGAUCACCCCUGAUUUCAUUAACCGAGGCGACUAUGAGGUGGACAUUGCUGGGCAGAAGUUCCCAGCUAAAGCCAAGCUUUACCCAUUCAGCUCGCUGUUUGCACAACAGAAACGGCGCAAGGAUGACAUGGAGCUCAGCAACUUCCAGAGCAAGUGAAGAUGCUGCGCUGUAGUUGGUCGAAGCGAAUCGAGAGCCAGAGGCAGUAGUGCCGCAUGUCUGAGUUUUGCACAGUCUCCGUAGGACCUCCUGAAGUCCUUUACACACCACAUCAUGUUUGUUAUGUGUCGUUUACCUCUCUCUCUCUCUGUAUAUGUGUGUGUGUGUGUGUGUGUGUGUAUAUAUAUAUAUAUAUAUAUAUAUAUGUUUUUGUUUGAAAGAGUUGAUGAAUUUGGUCAAUGAAUUUCUAAAACCUAAAAAUGUGCGUCAUGAAGGAGCCACAUGGUGUUACGGAAGUUGCCCCAGUUUUGACAGCUAAAGUGGGAUUUGUUUGGGUUUGGCAUUGUCAUUAUUUGAAAGUAUAAUUGACUUUAGAAAGAAAGUCUUUUUAAUAGUCUGUUAAUAGUCCAGUAAUGUGUUCUUGAGCAAUAGGCUGUGUCCCUGAGGCUUUUUUCCAUGUCACAUGGUUUAAUAUAAAGGGAUUUUAUAUGGAUAUCAGAUUGCCACGAGACAAUCAAUGUCCGUUUGAAUCAUUGAUUUUUAAUUGGUGAAAACUGGAGAAGUCUUUCUAAGUCUUUGUGCAACACUAUUUUGUAAUAAAAGUACAAUACUAAAUGAGGAGGCACUGAGAUCAUGCAGAUGUUAAUGACGUUAAUGAAAAAUGAACAGAGAACAGAGCCUCGACCGACGCUUUUAUAAAGUGCCUUGCAGCAUUUCACAGUGUGAAGUGAAGUACAGGAAGUUGGUCUUGUGUUGUGUCAGUGUACGUUGUGUCUUGAACUGCGAGUGUUUAGUUGCGUGUGUCUCUUGUAAUGACUCCGUUUAUAGUGCAAAAGGAAAGCUGUCGUCUGGGUCCAUCAGUAUGGCGUUAUGAUCCUCUAUUGAUCAGUUGGUUAUGGAUAUGUAUUUGAAAUAUUGUUGAGAUGUUCAUUGUUUGGACAGCACAUUAUUUACAUCAUCUGUGCGAUUCUAUUUUAAAGGGUUAUUUAAAAACUUUCAUAUAGAAAUGCACAAAGAAUUGCACAUUGAAUAUCCUUUAUAAAUCAAAAGCAUCUUUGCACAGUGAGGAUCAGUGUGUGUUUGAACGACGACAAACACCAUCAAACACUGAUUAGAGAAAGAGGGAAUUUCAUAACAAACAUGUUCCAGUCACAUUUCAGCCCAGAAUCAACUUCUGAUUUUUUUCCUUUUGAUUUUGAGGUGAAAUAAGAGUAAAGUAUGUCUUUUUUUUUUUUUUUUUUU